AUGGUAGUGGACAGGUCGAUGCUGUUCAAGGGCCAGGUGAAGAAAGCGGCAGCCAGAGCAGCGGGGAUCAGGAACCAGCUGGCGAGGAUCAUGCCGAACGUGGGCGGGCCCCGAGAGGAUCGACGGCGGCUCCUGUCGUCGGUGGUGCACUCUGUACUCCUGUACGGUGCCCCUAGCUGGGCACAUACGCUGGAGCUCGUGCCAGGGAACGUUCGGACCCUGAACAGAGCUCAACGGAAAGUUCUUCUCCGGUGCGCAUGCGCGUACCGCACCGUCUCCGAGGCGGCCACAAACGUGAUUGCAUCAACGCCGCCUGCAGACCUCCUGGCGAAGGAGAGAGAAGCGGCGUUUGACCGGAGGCGGGCCCCGGCGGCACCCACGGCAGGCAACGAUCUGAGAACCAGCACCAUGGAGGCAUGGCAGGAGAGAUGGUCGACGGAGGCAUCAGGAAGCUGGACCAGGCGGCUGAUCCCGGACGUUCGUCCCUGGUGCGCCAGGAGCCACGAGCUGAUGACGAACUUCCACCUGACGCAGUUCCUGUCGGGACAUGGAUGUUUCGGCCAGUAUCUGCACAGGAUCCGCAAGUUGGACAACCCCAGGUGUGUGGACUGUCUCGCGCCAGUGGACGACGCGGAGCACGCGUUUUUCCUGUGCGACAGGUGGUGGCGUCGGAGAAUGGAGCUGAAAGCUGCAAUCAACGACCCAUUCACUCCCGAGACUGUUGUGGGGAAGAUGAUGGAGUCACGGAGUAACUGGACGGCGGUAGAGCGUUUCGUGAAGGAGGUUCUGACGAAGAAGGAAGCUGAGGAGAGAGAACGGCAGCGACAAGAUCAAACCAUAUAA